AUGCAACCAAACCACUUUGUUUCCUCACAAAUUCUUUCUUCCAUUGAAAAUGUUGGUCUCGAAUUAUCUACCUUCACGAAGAGCCAACAAACUCCAAAAUUAUUAUUCAGAGCAAGUGAAGAUGGAUUCAGUUCUGAAAUCUUCCAUGAAAAAUGUGAUAAUCAAGGAGCAACCUUAACAAUUAUCAAGUCCGAAUUUGGAAAAAUAUUUGGAGGUUUUUCAUCUCAAAAUUGGAAAUCAAAUUAUGAGUUUGCUUGUGACGAUGCAGCAUUUCUUUUCAAGCUUGAAAAAUUGAAUGGAAGUUAUCAUAUUACAAAAUUCAAUGUCAAACAAGACCAAAAACAACAAGCCAUUUACAAUCAUCCACACUAUCUUCCAACCUUUGGAAAUCAUGACAUAUAUAUUGCUGAUGAUUGUAAUAGGAACUCAAAGUCUUUUUCCAAUUUUGGUACAACCUAUGAAUUACCUUGUGGAAUGGAACCUCAAAGCUUUAAAGCUAACACCUACUUGGCAGGCACUAAUACUUUCAAAGUUACUGAAAUUGAAGUUUUUACGAUCAUCCAAUAA